UGUGUGUGUGUGUGUGUGUGUGUGUGUGUGUGUGUGUGUGUGUGUGUUUUCUGUGGAUGACGGUGUAUUCGAUGAAUGACCAUUGAAUCUUUUUAUUUACUUUGAACUUGCAUUCACUCUAUAUAUGUGUUCCAUCCUCCAGUAGAUUUUCAAGCUCCCAUGUAUCACGUCCAGGCACCCGACAAUGUUUCACCUGUCAGGAAAACCGAGUUUAUCCCCUAUCAACAAGAGCAUUAUUCACCAUCGAAAUCAGCGAACCGUGCACGAUCCAAAGGCAGUCUAACCAAUUCGGUCCGAUCUUCCAGCGGGGAUACCGAAGAUUCGUCUCAUGACGACGAUCAUGCGAAACAUAACAAAAAACGGAAAAUGCAAUCCAGUAAAUCCAUAGACGAUGAAGAAAAACGAAAGAACUUUCUGGAAAGGAAUCGACAAGCUGCUUUAAAAUGUCGGCAACGCAAAAAGCAAUGGCUUUUAAAUCUGCAAUCUAAAGUGGAGUAUCUCACCAAUGAUAACGAGCAGCUUCAGCUUCAGGCCAACGCCAUGCGGGAAGAAUUGAUGGGGCUUCGUAGUUUACUGUAUGCUCACAAAGAUUGUCAACAUGUGAAUAAGCAAGCCGUGUUCGAUGCAAUUCAUCGUCCCGUGGCGGGGAUGCCUCCGAUGGCGCCCAAUCCCAUCAAUAUGUAUCCACAACCACUACUCCCCACUCAUCCUACCGCUCCUGGAUCUACCAUGGCAAUACCCCAACAACUCGGCCGCGCUCCUCUUCAGCGUCUAUCAUAAAAUGCUAGCAUCUCCGUGUAUAAUAUCAACUAAUUCCUUGUUUCUUCAAAUUUGUUUCAUCUUCACCCAAGUUACUUUUGAGUCCAUCUUUUCUAAUUCUUUUUUUUUUGCCGACACUUUGAUUUCCUUUCCCCAUUUAAAUCGUUCUUCUUUGUUCAUACUGCCUAAACUUUUGUUUUUAAUUGAAUUCGAAAGAAAUAUUAAGCCAAUAUCUCGUUA